AUGAGUUCCAUCAAUAAAAACUUCAUUACUAAUAACAAUAGUAAUACAGACCUCGAUCUAGACUGGAAAACUGCAUUGAAUAUCCCUAAGAAAGAUACCAGACCGCAGACUGACGAUGUCUUGAACACAAAGGGUAAUACUUUUGAAGAUUUUUAUUUGAAAAGAGAACUCUUAAUGGGUAUUUUUGAAGCCGGUUUUGAAAAGCCAUCUCCCAUUCAAGAAGAGGCCAUUCCCGUAGCAAUAACCGGUAGGGACAUAUUGGCAAGAGCCAAGAAUGGUACCGGUAAGACAGCCGCGUUUGUCAUUCCAACAUUGGAGAGAGUCAAGCCGAAAUUAAAUAAAAUUCAAGCUUUGAUCAUGGUCCCCACAAGGGAAUUGGCCUUACAAACUUCACAAGUCGUCCGUACAUUGGGUAAACACUGUGGUAUUUCAUGUAUGGUAACCACUGGUGGUACCAAUUUGAGAGAUGAUAUUUUAAGAUUAAAUGAAACAGUUCAUAUUUUGGUUGGUACUCCUGGUAGAGUGUUGGAUUUGGCCUCAAGGAAAGUAGCAGAUCUAUCUGAUUGUUCUUUAUUCAUCAUGGAUGAAGCUGAUAAGAUGUUAUCUCGCGAUUUCAAGACAAUAAUUGAACAAAUUUUGUCUUUCUUACCAACAACUCAUCAAUCUUUGUUGUUUAGUGCUACCUUCCCAUUGACAGUGAAGGAAUUUAUGGUUAAGCACUUGCAUAAACCAUAUGAAAUCAAUCUAAUGGAAGAACUGACUCUUAAGGGUAUAACUCAAUACUACGCCUUCGUGGAAGAAAGACAAAAGUUGCACUGUUUGAACACUUUAUUCUCCAAGCUACAAAUCAAUCAAGCCAUUAUUUUCUGUAAUUCUACCAACCGUGUUGAGUUAUUGGCCAAAAAAAUUACUGAUUUAGGUUAUUCAUGUUACUACUCUCAUGCGAGAAUGAAACAACAAGAAAGGAACAAAGUUUUCCAUGAGUUCCGUCAAGGUAAGGUGCGUACUCUGGUCUGUUCCGAUUUAUUGACCCGUGGUAUUGAUAUCCAAGCUGUCAAUGUAGUUAUUAAUUUCGAUUUCCCUAAAACAGCAGAAACUUAUUUGCAUCGUAUUGGUAGAUCCGGCAGAUUUGGCCAUUUAGGUCUAGCGAUUAAUUUGAUUAAUUGGAAUGAUCGUUUCAAUCUCUAUAAGAUUGAGCAAGAACUGGGCACCGAAAUCGCGGCCAUUCCAGCUACAAUCGAUAAAUCACUGUAUGUGGCAGAAAACGAUGAAACUGUCCCUGUUCCAUUCCCAAUAGAGCAACGAAGCUAUCAACCACAGGCAGCAUCUCAACAGCAGUUACCGCCUCAACAACAAUUUGCCAUUCCUCCGCAGCAACAUCAUCCGCAAUUCAUGGUUCCUCCUCCUCAACAUCAACAACAACAGGUGUACCCUCCGUCACAAAUUCCUCCACAACAAGGGUACCCUCCACAACAGGAACAUUUCAUGGCAAUGCCACCAGGACAACCUCAACCCCAAUUUUAA